CAAAGAAAGGAAGAUAAAACGCUGAAAUAACAAAAUAUCAACAUUCAGUGAUUGAUAUUGGGUGAUAUCUUGAAAUUUCCAUGUAUUCUUUUAUGAUAGAAGUACUUUAGACAUAAAAUCAUCUGGAUAGAUGGCUGAAAACCGUUAUAUAGUUGGCUAUGCCAAAUUGGGAACAUCAAGUUGCAAGAAAUGUAAACAGAAGAUAGAAAAGGGAGCCAUGAGAAUUGGUAAAGUUGUGUCCAAUCCAUUUAGUGAAGAUGGAGGGGACAUGAAACAGUGGUUUCACCCAGCAUGUAUUUUUGAAACAUUUGUACGAGCUAGAGCUACCACAAAAAAGAUUGAAGAUCCUGAUGAUUUGGAAGAUUUUAAAGAUCUGAAAGAUGAAGAUAAAGACAUGAUUAAACAGAUUAUUAAAGACUUUCAAGCUAAAGCUGGCACAAAAGCUAAGACCCCGGUGAAAAGAAAACCACCAGCUCAAGGUAAACUGCCCUUUUCACCAACUAAAACAAACACCACAUCUAAAGCAACAACAUCAACUGAUCAUACAGCAAAGCCAUCAACUAGUAAAAUAAAAGAUGAAAUUGAUGAUAAUCCUGAUGAUUCACCGGAAGCAGAGAAAGACAAUUCAUUUCGACAAUUUCGAAGAUUAUGUGCUGAAAUAGCUGAGGAAAACAGUUAUCUUGGUAAAACAAAGAUUGUGUCGGAUUAUAUUUGUAAAGGAAACAGUGGAGAUGGUUUUAAAGGAAGUUUAUAUUUGUUGAUAAAGUUGUUAUUACCUGGUGUUGUUAAAUCUGUUUAUAAUCUCAACAAUAAACAACUUGUUAAAUUAUUCAGUCAGAUUUUUGGAAGUCCUUUAACAGAAAUGGUUGAAGACCUAGACAAGGGAGAUGUAGCUGAAACUAUAAAAGAUUAUUUUGAACAGAGUUCUGUCCUAAUUCCACUGAAGAAAAGUUCUCUUUCAUUACAACAGGUUGAUUCAGUUUUAGAAGAAUUGUCAAAAGUGACGAAAGAAGAUGAACAACAAAAAAUAUUAACAAAAAUAGCUAAAAGAUGUACUUCAAAUGAUUUAAAAAUGGUAGUUCGACUUAUAAAACAUGACUUACGAAUUAAUUCAGGUGCUAAACAUAUAUUAGAUGGUUUGGAUCCUAAUGCUUAUGAGGCUUUUCAAGCAUCUCGUAAUCUACGUGAUGUAGUAGAUCGGGUUUUAACAAAUCAUAAAGAAGCUGAAGAGAAUGGUAAACCAGGUAUUGUGAAGAAAUUAAGUAUAAAGGCCUGUUUAAUGACACCUGUUUUACCUAUGUUGGCUGAAGCAUGUCGAUCAGUAGAACAAGCUAUGAGGAAAUGUCCCAAUGGUUUUUAUGCUGAAAUCAAGUAUGAUGGAGAAAGAGUGCAGGUUCACAAAAAAGGAGAUGAAUUCCGUUAUUUUAGUCGUAGUUUAAAACCAGUGUUAGCACACAAAGUUGCUCAUUUUAAGGAUUUUAUUCCUAAAGCAUUUCCAACAGGUAAUGAUCUGAUAUUAGAUGCUGAAGUUUUAUUGGUUGAUACUAACACGGGAAAUCCUUUACCAUUUGGUACACUGGGAGUACAUAAGAAAGCUGCUUUUCAAGAUGCUACUGUUUGUUUGUUUGUUUUUGAUUGUUUACAUAUUAAUGGUGAAAACUUAAUGGAAAAAACUCUUAAGGAAAGAAGAAGAGUAUUACAAGAAAAUAUGACAGAAGUUAAAAAUCGAGUAAAAUUUUCAGAAUAUCAACAUAUAACUAAAGUGGUACAUCUGCAGGAAUUAAUGGAUAAAGUAUUUCAAGAGGGAUUAGAAGGAUUAGUACUUAAAGAUGUCAAUAGUUUAUAUGAACCUGGUAAAAGACAUUGGUUAAAAGUGAAGAAAGAUUAUUUACAUGAAGGUAGUAUGGCAGAUUCAGCUGAUCUGGUUGUAUUAGGUGCUUAUUAUGGUACAGGCAAUAAAGGUGGUUUAAUGUCUAUAUUUCUACUGGGUGUUUAUGACCCAAAGAGUAAAAAAUGGUGUACUGUAACUAAAAUAGGAAAUGGUCUAGAUGAUAAAACUUUGGAAAGAUUACAAACAGAAUUAGAUAUGGUUAAAAUUAGUAAAGAUGUGGCACGUGUUCCUGGUUGGUUAAAUAUAAAGAAAACUGUUGUACCAGAUUUUGUUGUGGCCGAUCCGAAGACUGCCCCUGUGUGGGAAAUUAUUGGUGCAGAAUUUAGUAAAGCUGAAAUCCAUACAGCUGAUGGAAUCUCUAUCAGAUUUCCAAGGGUACAAAAAAUACGAGAUGACAAAAAUUGGGAGAAUGCAACUGAUUUACCUAGGUUAAAGAAACUAUUUGAUAAAUCUAAAGAGAAGACAGACAUAGGUGGUACAGGUAAAUUAAUGAAACAGAAUGCUAGUACUAGUAGUAAUGGUAGUAAUAUAAAGAUUGAGAUAGAUGAUGAAGAUUCUAACCACAGUAAUAUCACACUAUCAACACCAGUUAAAACACCAAGUAAACGUCGAAUUGAUAGCUCUGAGUCAGUUGUUACACCAGCUAAAAAGAUCAAAGCGGAAUGUAUGUAUGGUGCCAGUUGCUAUCAGACAAGUCCAUCUCAUAAAGCUAAUUAUGAUCAUAAAAGUUCCACCAAGCCUACCACAAGUAAUGGUAGUAAUAGUAAAUUACCAGAUGUUUUUAAAGGAUGUAAGAUUAUUCUACCCCCAGAAAUUAGUAAAUAUAAAGAACUGAGACGUUUUAUUAUAGCAUAUGAUGGUGAUAUAUUACCAGUGUAUGAGAAACACAUAGCAACUCAUAUAAUAUUAAAUAAUAAUGAAACGGUUAAUGGAAAAAGUAAAGCAAAAGUUGUAAAAGUCAACUGGUUGUGGUCAUGUAUAAAGAAAAAGACAUUAGUUUCAACAGACAAAUAUUUAUCAACGUGAUAAAUGCUUGGAAAAAUUAUUUCUUCACAUACAUCAUAAAUUUUCUGAGAUCACCUUCAUUUAUCUGAACAGUACCAAUGGGCAUAGGUCUCUUAGAUGGCAUAUCCCCAAAGCCCAAACACCAAGCCUAUACCAAAACCCAGAGACCUUAUAACAUAGUAAUUUGUAAAGAAACAUUUGAUCAAAAAUUGGAGCAGAUUGUAGUAGCUUUGAUAAGGUGACAUAGACCAGGCCUGGGGUAAUGGUUAUUGAUCACAUUGCUAAAGAUGAGAAAGUAAUUGUAAUGAUCAAAUGGUAAUAUAAUUAAUUACAUUGGCAAUGUAAUGGCCCAAGCCCUGUUGUGGAAGUAUAUUUUUUGUCAUCUGCAUCGGCCGGUCCUUCCAACUUUUCUUGUGAAUACUCAUUAAGUCGUUGGGAAGGAUAAUGACAGGAUGAUGUCUAAAAACUCAGUAUUAAAGUUCAGUUGGGUUGAAUACAGAACCAUAUGAAAAUGUAAGCGAUAGGAUUUUAUAAAACUUGGCGGUAUUGGUCAUUUGUGCCUGUUAAAUUCUUUUUAUUACAAAUUGCCCAUUUAUCCUGUUCAAAUUUAUGAAAUCUUGUGGAUGCGAGAAAAAUCAGAAUUCAAGACUGAAUGUUUAAAAUUUCUAUAUAUUUGCUCAUUGUGGUGCAAGAAAUUUUCAGAUUUUAAAUUUGAAAUAUGUUUUGCAAGUUAUCUCAAUCAGUACUGUACAAACUUUUUAAAAGAAAUGUAAUUUUAAAUAAAUAUCUGUCAAAUGCAAUGUUAAAUAGAAAUCUGUCAAAUGUAAUGUUAAAUAAAUAUCUGUCGAAUGCAAUGUUAAAUAGAAAUCUGUCAAAUGUAAUGUUAAAUAAAUAUCUGUCAAAUGCAAUGUUAAAUAGAAAUCUG